CUCACCUUCUUGCAUGACCCUCUCCUGCCCCUCUGCCAACAAAAAAUAUAUUUCAAGUUUAAGUAGAGGAAUUUAGUUUGUCCAAUUCCUGAUAUGCUUUAAAUUUUCCUUGCCCUUUUAUCUUCUAUAAGUAAUUUGCCUUCAUAAAACAUGUACACUACACCAUAACACAACAAGUCUACUUGUGAUCAAAAGUUGAUGAAUUUGUGGUUAUUGAGUAUAUAGUCAUGGAAUUCCCUGAACUUUCAUUGGCUCCUUCUCAUCUUUCCAAUUAUGAAUCUCAUGAAAUCAAUCUUCCAAUGAAGAGAAAGCAAGAUAUGAUUCAAGCAAGUGUUGAUCUUCAACUUAAAGAUCCUCUUCCUUUGGAUUGGGAGCAAUGUCUUGAUCUUGAAUCAGGAAGAAUGUAUUACCUAAAUAGGAAAACACUGAGGAAGACAUGGGAUUGGCCAAAGGACCAAAAGCUAGACCUUGAACUAAACAUGUCAUCAAGGUCAAUUCAGAUGGAUGAUGAUCAUCAUGACUAUUACUCAUCAAAGAAACAGAACAAAAGCAACAGUCAUGGGAGCAACAGUAUGAUAGCAUUGCCAUGUUCAAAUUGUCAUCUAUUAGUAAUAGUGUCACAAUCAUCACCUUCUUGUCCAAAUUGCAAGUAUGUCCACUCUCUACUUUCCAACAAUAACAAUGCCGCCACCUCCACCCCAAAGUGUUAUGACACUUUGAGCCUCUUGAACUAGCUACACUUUUCUACUACUACUUCCUGUUUCUUCGUUGGGAAAAAUGUUAUUAAUGUGAUGGUUACAAAGCUCCAAGUACCACCAUAUGUCAUCAUGCAGUGUUUCUCCUUUUCUUGUGUACUUGAAAUAGUAAAUAACUUUCAAACAUCACUUAGUGCAUCUAAUGUUCAAGUUCUAUUUAUCGUGA